AUGCAGAGCCGAGCACCAUUACUUGUUCGUGUUCAGACGCAGCAGCACACUAGUCAUCCUAAGAAAAAAGUUCCAGCCAAAGAGGAAGGUAAUGCUAUGCCUCUUUCUCCAGCCAAACCCUCCCCCAGCUUUAUUAAUCUUCAAGCAAGUUCCCCACCAGCCACUUUCCUGAACAUACAGACAACAAAGGUGCCCUCAGCCCAAGGAAUGUCUGAGACUCCUAGAAUGUAUGUGUGCCAAUCUCCAGCUUCAGAUCCAGCUUGCCUAACAACAGAUGGCUCUUGUGGAAAAUUUGCAAGCAUCCAUGACACAACUGUCUCCUGGGAGGGGAAGCAAGAACUCUUUCUCUUCUCUCCCAGCCUUAUCCCGCAAUCUGUUGUUAAGUCACUUGCCCCAGUUCAGUAA